AUAAAAUUUUUUAUUAUGUAAAAAUUGAUUGUUGUACAGCAUAGUAAUAUACAUCAAAAUGAUAAUUUUUAUUUUUGUUAUACUCAUCGCAUGUUCAAACUUUUCAGUUGCGGUAAAUCAUACAUAUAUGCAUUGCAAUUUUUCUAAGUAUAUGUUUAAUUAUUUCAAAUACAGUGAGCAAUAUCUAUUUAGCUUUGAUAAUACGAUUUCUGAAACUCAACUAUCUACCUAUGGAAUGGCAAUCAAAACUCACGAUGAAAUCAUAAUGAUCAUGUUAGAAACAUUACGAGAAAUUAAUAAUGUGUUUUGUGCAGAAGAUUUGACAAUGAUUAAUUUAUACUUGAACAAUGUUUCGGGAUCCUUAAAUAUGAUCGCUAAAAACGAAAAUGGUGAAUUUAGUAGAUCUGAAAUUUCUAAAAAUUUACUCAAAGGAUAUAAAAUAAUUCACCAAUCAAUUGUUGAACGAUUAAAGUAUUUUAUUGAAUAUAAAUGUUCCAAUGUAUCCUUUGAAAAUGAUUUUAUACUGUAUACUAAUUUAAUAAAACCAAUUGAAUAUAGCCCGGAAAAUUUACAUUGUAUAUUGGAACAGCUAAGAAAUAAAAUCAUUAACAACAUGAAACAAUAUUUAACUUUAAAAGAUAUAUUUGCAAUAGAAAACAAUCCAAUAUUAGAAAAUUAUAAUGUCAUUAUGAAACAUUUAGCGUUAGCAUAUGAAAGUAAACAAUACAAUCGUUUUCAUCCAAAAUAUUUUUUGUUUUAUGACUUAAUGGAGAAACGUCCUCAUGUUUUUGAACUAGAUCUCGCGUCAGGCUCCCAAGCAAAACAAAGAGUCACCUAUAAUGACGAUGGCCAACUGAGCGACGUUUUAGACGAGCUGCGAUUUACACCAAUUUUAAAAAAAAGUGAAAACAAUUAUCGAAUAAGGUUAUCAGAUAUAUUUCGAUUUAUCAAAUAUGAUUUUAAUUUGGACAAUAUACAGACAUUUCACAUACUGCUUAAUACAGCAACAACACGGCCUAUUUUCUUUGCUUUGCAUAAUUAUUUAACAUUAACCACAAUUUUUAUAAAAUGUCAUAAUAUAGAAAUACAACUCUAUUUAAAAGAUAAAAUAAUUAAAAUGGGUGAGUGCAUCAUUAAUAUUAUGAAUGUAUUAUUGGAUUUAAAUUUAUUUAGAAAUCAAUAUUCAAAAAAAAUAAGAUAUCUAUUUAAUAAGUCAAUCAAUAUUAUUUCGUUUUUCAAAGAACGUAAUGAUUUUUUUAGAAAUGAAGAAGUGCCAAAAGUAAUAAAAUCAAUUGAUUUGUUUAUGAGCAUCCAUUUUUUAAGUUUAAAAUUUUGCUACUUAGAUAAAGUAUACACUGUAGAAGAUAAUAUCACAGAAGUUUAUAAUUCAACAGAUAAGAAAAUAAAUGCACUAGCAAUAUUUACUGAAAAAUUAAAAGAAUAUCAAUAUUGCUUUGAAACUGCAGAAAGUUAUAUACCUUUAACGAACUUAAAUUUAAAACUUACAUAUAGAAAUGUCAUAAAAAAUAUUUUACCGUAUGAGCAAUUGGGAAAUUAUAAAGACAUGUAUCACUCAUUGUAUUUCCCAAAUAAUAUCACAAAUGAUAAUAAAAUAUACGACAAUCAAGUUUCGGAUGAUGAAAAUUACAAUAAUGAGAAAAACAGCGAUGAUAAUGAGAUUAUUGAAAAAAAAAAUCAGACCUAUUAUUCUCCUAAAUAUUUAGAAGAUUAUUUACUUUACGCGUAACUUAUAAAAGAUCUAGGCUACACUCAGAAAAAUUA